CGCGCUGCAGCCUCCGGUGCCGGCGGGCAGCGCCACAGCGUCCCCGCUCCCCGAGGGGCACGGCAGCGGCGAUGCCCAGGCGGAGCAUCGCCGAGGUGAAGGUGCUGGACGUGCAGAAGCGGCGCACCCCCAACAAGCACUAUGUGUACAUCAUCAGGGUCAGCUGGUCCAAUGGAGCCACCGAGGUCAUCUACCGCCGCUACAGCAAGUUCUUCGACCUGCAGAUGCAGAUGCUGGACAAGUUCCCCAUGGAAGGAGGCCAGAAGGACCCCAAGCAAAGGAUCAUCCCCUUUCUGCCAGGGAAGAUCCUCUUCCGCCGGAGCCACAUCCGCGACGUCGCAGUCAAACGGCUGAUCCCCAUUGAUGAGUACUGCAAGGCUCUGAUCCAGCUGCCCCCCUACAUCUCCCAGUGUGAGGAGGUGCUGCAGUUCUUCGAGACACGGCCCGACGACCUGACCCCCCCCAAAGAGGAGCCCAUUGGAAAGAAGAGGUCUGGGAUUGUCCAGAGAACGGCCUCUUUCCUGCAGAGAGGAGCUGACUGUGCCUCGGCUGAGCCCCUGGUGCUGGAGCAGUAUGUCGUGGUGGCCGACUACCAGAAGCAGGAGAGCUCGGAGAUCAGCCUGUGCGUGGGCCAGGUGGUGGAGAUCAUUGAGAAGAACGAAUCAGGCUGGUGGUUCGUGAGCACGUUGGAGGAGCAAGGCUGGGUGCCAGCCACCUGCCUGGAGGCCCAGGAUGGAGUCCAGGAUGAGUUCUCAAUGCAGCCUGAUGAAGUGCCAUGGAGAUACUGGUCCCUGCCCAGGCACCUUGGCCGCCGCCGGACUCUUGGGGACUUGUACACCCCUGGAUGGGGUCAAGAGGAGAAGUACACGGUGAUUUACCCCUACACUGCAAGAGACCAGGAUGAGAUGAACCUGGACAAAGGGGCCGUGGUGGUGGUGAUCCAGAAGAACCUGGAGGGCUGGUGGAAAAUCAGGUACCAGGGCCAGGAGGGCUGGGCCCCUGCCUCCUACCUCAGGAAGGGGAAUGGAGAUGUGUUCCCACCGAAGCUGGGCUCGGGCUCCUCGGCUCACUCCAGUGCCCUGGAUCUGGAUGGCAUCUCCAGGCAGCAGCUGCUGGCCAGCAGGGACAAGGACGGGCUGGGGGGACAGAGGGACAGCAGGCUCGAGAGCCGGCCCCUGCCCAGCGCCGACAUCCGCCGCAAGUCACCAAAGAUGAGGCAGAGGCCACCUCCCCGCCGAGACCUCACCAUACCCCGUGGUCUGAACCUGCCUAAGCCUCCUGUGCCCCCUCAAGUGGAAGAGGAAUAUUACACCAUUGCUGACUUCCAGACCACCAUCCCUGAUGGAAUCAGCUUCCAGGCAGGAAUGAAAGUAGAGGUUAUUGAGAAGAACCUGAGUGGCUGGUGGUACAUCCAGAUCGAGGAGAAGGAGGGCUGGGCCCCUGCCACCUUCAUUGAUAAGUACAAGAAAACCAGCAACGCCUCCAGGCCCAAUUUCCUGGCCCCCCUUCCCAACGAGAUGGCGCAGCUGCGGCUCGGUGACACCGAUGGCAGUGCCAGCGAGGAGGUGACAGGGCCCUGCCGACCCCUGCCAGAGGCUCCUCCCAACGGCAUGGACUGCACUGGCAGGUGGGGCAAGGACUGGAAGGGGAAGGAGGCUCCUGACAGCGGGGACCUGUCGUUUGCUGGGGGCUACGAGGAGAUCUCGGACCGCGACACGGAGGAGAAGCCCAGCCUCCCACCCAGGAAGGAGUCCAUCAUCAAAUCAGAAGGAGAGUUACUAGAGAGACAGAGGCCUCCCCCCAAGCCCCCAGGCAUGAUUUUGCCCAUGAUCCCACCCAAGCAAUCAGCAGCCCCAAAGGACAACAAGAAGCCAGAGCUCAAAGGGGAGAAGGGCAAACUCUUCCAGCUGAAAAACGAAAUGGGGCUGGAAUGUGGACACAAGGUGUCGGCCAAGGAGGUGAAGAAGCCAAACCUCCGGCCCAUUGUCAAGCCAACCAAGCCAAAAGCUGAGCCUGUGGAGGACAAACCUGAGCCCAUCACCCAGAACCCGUUCUUGAAGUCAAGACCUCAGAUCAGGCCAAAACCCGCCGCGUCCCCCCGGACUGAGCCACCCCCAGCCGAUGACAAACUGGACAUUUGCAGCCUGCGGAGCAAGCUGAGACCUGCCAAGUGCCCAGAGAAGCCCUUGGAGCAGGACCCCACUGCUGGGGAAAGCUCCUUCAGCAAUGCCGUGAUCUCCUCGGAGCCUUGCGGGCGGUUUCCAGAGCGGCCGGGCACGGAGAGCAAAGCCCUGCCCAGGCUGGACGUUGCCCCCAAAGAGGCACUGCCCAAAUCUCCCCUGGGCCCGGCAAGCCCCCCGUGUGCCAGGGACGCCCCUCCGCAGCGGCCUGUGGUGCCACCUCGCAGGCCACCCCCUCCCAAGAAGAUGGGGGCUCCUCUCUCCGUCCCCGCCGAGCCCCGGGCCCCGGCACGGGAAGCUGCCGAGCUCAGGCCCUCGGCGGUGCCAGGGAGGCCCAUGCUGGUCCCUCCCAAAGCCAAGCCCUUCCUCUCUGCCUGCAUGCAAGAUGAAGCCAAAGCCAGGAGCAGCAUAAACCCAAAGGUCAUCUCCAAGCCCGUGGAGAGAGGGGAGGCCAAGGAGAGGCCCUCAGGCCCCGGCUCCGGGCCGGACAUCUCCAGGGAAGCUCUCUACGUGGCAGUGGCGGAUUUUGAAGGUGACGAGGAGACCAACAGCUUCAGAGAAGGGACUUUGUUUGAAGUUUGUGAGAGGAACAGCAGUGGCUGGUGGUUCUGCAGGGUCCUGGCAGGGGGGCCGUGCUGGGAGGGCUGGAUCCCUUCCAAUUACCUGAGGAAGAAGCCAUAGCUGCUCCUCGGCCUGCACAGCUGGAGGCUCCCUGGUCUCUCACCUGAGUAUUUAAUGAGCAGAUUAAUUUAUAGUUUUCUGUAAGGCUGGCUUUAAAAGAAAAGAUAAUAAUUGGAGAUCCCACGCCUCCCAGCUGGAGCCCCUUGGCAGCAGCUGGAGGAGGCAGCUCGGCCUCCCCUCCUCAUCCCUGUGCUCCCUGUACCCACCCUCCUCCUCACAUUCCCCAAAGGACUUGGCUCCCGUGGUUCUCUAUGCUGGGGAGAUGGACCUGGAGUGACAUUUUGCCACCUCUGUGGUGAACUGGAGAGAAAUCCAGCAGCAGCCAGGUGGAGUGGUACCAGUGGUGGAAAUCACAGAAGGAUUUGCCUUUCCCUGAAGCUCAGGGUCACGGCCAAGAGUUGCAGGUCAUGUUGCUUAGUCCAGUGGCGUAGCAGAGCCACGAGAAAUGUGGCAAAAAAGAGGAAAUGAUUGCUGAGAACAGGUUCCUGUAGCUCUGUCUCUGGUGUGCCAUGCUCCCUCUGCACGGAGAUCAUCCCUUGGUCCUUCCCUGCUCAACAAUGACAAGUGUUAACUUCAACAUCCUCCUGGUGGAAAAAAAUAGGGAAAAAUACACCUUCAUUUAACAGGUCCUGCUGUGCUGGUCCAGAACAGCUCUCAGGCUUCUCCCCUGCAGUACUGCAACCAAACAUCAGAGGGGUUUUGCUUCCGGAGCUGAGGAAUUCUAUGCAAGGUACAGAGGACCAGAACGACCCCAAAAACCCUGGAAAAGGGAUGCUUUGCUCUCGUCCCCACACAGACUGCCCUGCCUGUUGGACUAGGAGGGGACCACCCCUUGCCAGGACCCACUGAGCUCCCCAGGCUGGCGGGCAGCAGCCAGGAGCUGGGUCCUUCCCUCGGUGCUGAUAUUACCAAGUGCAAUCCAGAAUGUGGGAGCUCAGCUCCUCAUCACCACCACUUCUGAGGUGUGUCUGGUGCUCAGGGGCUGCCUGCCUUGUUUGUCACCCCACCUGCCUGCCCUCCAGGUACUUGCAUUUCACCCUGUGGGCCAGGUUGGCUUGGAGGGGCUUCUGGGCAAGCAGAGCCUGGGGUUUUUCCAUGCUGACAUUCCUGCCUCGCCCUCAGUGCUGCUUAUCCCAGCAGGAGGAUGAGCUGUUGUUCCCCAGAGCUGUUUUCUUCCUUUCUGUCCUUGGCUAUUUGCAGCUUCAGGGCCACAUUUCUCUCCAGAAGAGCUUUAAGCCCGGAUAUCUGUGGGUUUCACAGAGUCACAGAAUUGUUGGGGCUGGAAGGGACCUCUGGAGAACAUCCAGUCCAGCAUCCCUGCCAAGGCAGGGGCAGGUUUGGUGUUGACCAAGCCCUGUUGCCCUCUCUGGUCUAAUUGCAAGUGUGAGCAAUGCAGCCACAUUGUUUUGCUGCUGAAAAUAAUGACAGUUUUCCCUCUCAUUUGAGGCUGCCUGAAUUGAAGGAGCAUUCUCCACUCCCCCAGAUGCUUGCUUCCUUCUCUGUCCAUAUUUUCCACCCUGGGAAUGUGAAGAUCCCUCUGUCUGCAUACAGAAGAGAACAGUGGUCCCAGGAUCAUUCUGGGAGGGCCAUGGGGCAAUUUGAUCUGAUAGAGAAAUCCUGACCAUCCUCAUAUCCAGAAGCCCCAAAAUUAAUUUUUAGCCAUGGGGAUUCACGCACCCCGGUGUGUGGCUGAUUGCUCUCCCUCCCACCUGCGGUUUUCUCCGGUGGCACAUCAGCCCCUGAUGGGGCUGACUCACCUGAGCUGGCAAAAAGCACCGCAUUUGCAAGCCAGUGCAAUAACAAAGCUGCUUGCUGGCACGUCGGGAGGUGUUGAUGUGCUCCCGGGAGAGCUGCAGGGUGGGAUAGGACAGCGCUGCCUUCGCUCUGCCUGGCUCCACUCAAUCCCUUCUGCUUUGGAAAGGAGUGGGGACAGGGUGAGUUAAAGCAGAGCUGCUCCACGGCCAGAUGCAGCUCCCACAGUAUGUGGGAAGGGCUGGACCUGCAUCCCUGCUCUUGACACAGGCUGUGUGUCCUUUUCCCAGGCUGUGUGUCCUUGCCCUGCCUUUGCUGAAUGGCCUUUUCAUCUCAGCUCUGUCUCAGAGACCUCUGUGGCCUGGCUGUCCUCAGAGAGGGCUGUGCUCUUUGUGUGGUCUAGCCUCUGAAGGAGGGCUGUCCCCUCUCCCCUCCCAGCCUGAGCCUGGAACUGCUCGUGCUCCAUUCCCCUGACACAAGUACUGUAUUUGGCUGGCUGAGCGCGGGGCAGGAUGGCUCCCUGCUUCCCAAAGAGCUUCCAAGAGGGAGUGCCCCGCUGGGAUUUCCCUCAGGAGGUGCCCACACCUGCAGCCUUACCCCUUCCCCACUCUCCUGGCUGCCAAGGGGCCGUGGGCUGCCUGAGCUCCAGAUGCCAGGAGCCACUGGGCUGGCAGGGCUUUGUGCCCCUCUGAUUUGUGCCCCCAGUCCUGCAGCCACCUGUGCCCCAAGCCAGGCUGCCUCUCCUCCCUGUCUACCUCGUGAGGAGGAGGAGGGUGGCCAAAAGCACCCCAAAGUCAGGGGCACCCCCCAGCAGCCACAGCCCAGCCUCCCAGAGCAGCCCUGAGAGCAGGGGCUGUGCCAGGGGGGCACUGCCGUGGCUUGGGGGCCAGGAGCUGGGAUCUGGGGACAUCCUGGGUGGGCAUCAGCCCUGCAGUGCCCGGCUCUGCCAGGCUCCCAAAGCCCAUUUGUUUGUCCAUGUGUCUCUAUAUUAUGUAAUGUGUAUAAAUCUCCAUUACUGUGGGUGGGUGGGGGGCAGCAGAAGGUAGAUGUAGCUGUGUCCAUGCCCUGUCUAUACCUUCACCUUUAAGGGAUGGAUUUUUAUUUUUUUUUUAUUUCCUGGGUUUGGGGUUUUUUUCUUUUGUUUUCUUUUUUUUUUUUUAAGAAACAAAAAUAAA